GAUCAAAUCCCUCUGUAUUUGCGCGUCGCCAUAAUGGCAGCGACAAUUAGCGCCCUCCCUCCUGAGCUCCUGUUACAAAUCAUCUCCUACCUCGACGCCAGGUCGCUAGCUGCAUUCACGAGUACAUCGAAACCUAUUCGUCCCUUCUUCUACCCACUCAAACGGCGCACCGCCACCAUCCUCAUCAACCGCGCAAAUGGCACUCUUCUUGGUAGCCGUGAUUUGCAGACGCUACUAUCUUGCGAGAAUUUGCGUCCGUACAUCCAUGAGAUGGACAUUAUAGACGUCGAAAAGCCCGCAGCCAGACCGGAUGAGGGCCCCAAUAUUGAGAGCAUCAGCUUGGAUCUUCAACGUACCUCUGAUCAACUCAGCGCGGCGCAUUGCUCGAACAUCGCGAAGCACGUCUUGAAUAUAAAGAGCAAGGGUGAGGGCCUUGAUGCCAUAUUCUGGUACAUCCGCAUUAUUCUCGCGCUACUAAGGAGCGUAACCUCAAUAACCAUUACGCCAUCCGCUUUUGUACGCCUCAAUUUGCCCGUACUACAUCCACAGCAGGUGGAAUUGGCUCAAAGUCAACCUACCAAAGCCAUCCAGGCCCCAGACACACGAAGUGAUGCGGAGGGCCGACUGAGCACUGCGUGUGAUCAUCCAGGCAACUGUACAGUUGACCUGCCCGCUCUCUGCACGGUUCGGUUCCAUGAUGGCUGUUGGAACAUUUCGCCAGGACAAUUCGAGGCGGCGGCUGGAAAGGUACUGCGAACCCAACCACUCUUGGAAGCCUUGUCCUUCAGAAACAUGGACUUGAGCCUGCCGAGCGAUGUGGGCGGUGUGUUGCCGCCUCGACUGAAGCGUCUACACCUGUCCCACCUUGGGAUCGGAAAGACGAUCUCGCGAGCGUUUUUGUGUCAUGCCCGAAGUUAGCAGACGUCUGGCUUGGUACGUUGUUCAUCAUUACAAGCUCGGAAACUGCUGAAGUCCUUCGCAGCCAUGGGAAGCUGAUCAGGCGUCUGAGGUGGGAAACUCGGCCGGACUGCGGACUCCUGUCGUUUCCCAACGCCUGGAAAUCAUGGAA